AUGACGGACUCCGAGGAGGGAGAGGGGGGAUCCAACAGCCAGGGUGAUGGGAACCCCAAAGAGAGCAGUCCUUUCAUCAACAGCAGUGCAGGCAGAGACCUGGAUAAGAGCCAGCAGUAUGACGGCAAACACAUGGCUCUGUUUGAGGAGGAGAUGGACACCAGUCCGAUGGUCUCCUCUCUGCUCAGCAGUCUGGCCAACUACUCCAACCUGCCGACAGGAAGCAAAGAGCACGAAGAGGCCGAGAAUAACGAGGAGGGGACACAAAAACGUUGUGCUUCUCAGGCUCCACAGCUUGGUACUCUGAUGGGUGUGUACUUGCCGUGCAUCCAGAACAUUUUUGGGGUGAUCCUCUUUCUGCGGAUGACUUGGAUGGUCGGGGUCGGAGGCGUCUUCGGUUCCUUCAUAAUCGUCUUCAUGUGUUGCUCCACGACGAUGCUCACAGCCAUCUCCAUGAGUGCCAUUGCAACAAACGGAGUGGUACCAGCUGGAGGUUCAUAUUACAUGAUCUCUCGCUCUCUGGGGCCGGAGUUUGGUGGAGCUGUUGGGAUCUGCUUCUACUUAGGCACCACUUUUGCAGGUGCCAUGUACAUUCUGGGCUGCAUUGAAAUCCUGCUGAUUUAUAUCAUCCCGCAGGCAGCCAUCUUUAAGAUCGAGGGCCUGGAGGGUCAGGAGGCAGAGCUGGCCCUCCUCAACAACAUGCGGGUCUACGGCACCCUGGUACUGGGCUUCAUGUCGCUGGUGGUGUUUGUCGGGGUCAAGUAUGUGAACAAGCUGGCGCUGCUCUUCCUGGCGUGUGUCAUUCUCUCCAUCGUGGCUGUUUAUGCCGGAGUCAUCAAGACCGCCAUCGACCCCCCCAUCUUCCCCGUCUGCCUCCUGGGGAAUCGAACGCUCCUCUCUAAAGGUUACGACGUCUGUGCAAAGGUCAUGGAGAUAGACAAUGAAACGGUCACCACCAAACUGUGGAGGACCUUCUGUGACUCUGACGGUCUCAAUGCCACGUGUGACGAAUACUUCACCACCAACAACGUGACGGAGAUACAGGGCAUCCCAGGGGUCACUAGUGGCAUCCUGGCAAAGAACCUGUUUGGGAACUACCUAGAAAAAGGGAUGUUCCUGGAGAAGCGUGGUCUUGCAUCAGAGGUGAAUACAGACGGUCCGCCAACCAGCUCCAACCGCUACGUCAUGUCUGACAUCACCAGCUUCUUCACCCUGCUGGUCGGGAUUUACUUCCCAUCCGUCACAGGUAUCAUGGCGGGCUCAAACCGAUCCGGAGAUCUGCGUGACGCUCAGAAGUCGAUCCCCAUCGGCACGAUUGCAGCCAUCACCACCACGUCUAUUGUGUACAUGUCCACUGUUGUGCUGUUUGGAGCCUGUAUAGAGGGAGUAGUCCUCAGAGACAAGUUUGGUGAAGGGGUGAACGGUAACCUGGUGAUUGGGACUCUGGCAUGGCCGUCUCCGUGGGUCAUCGUGUUCGGCUCCUUCUUCUCCACUUGUGGAGCCGGACUCCAAAGUCUGACCGGAGCUCCACGGCUCCUACAGGCCAUCGCUAGAGACGGCAUCAUCCCAUUUCUCAGAGUGUUUGGGCACGGCAAGGACAACGGAGAGCCCACCUGGGCCCUUCUGCUCACGGCUUGCAUCUGUGAGAUCGGCAUCAUCAUCGCCUCCCUGGAUGCAGUCGCACCCAUCCUCUCCAUGUUCUUCUUGAUGUGCUACAUGUUUGUCAAUCUGGCCUGUGCCUUGCAGACUUUGCUGAGGACACCAAACUGGAGGCCGCGCUUUAAGUUCUACCACUGGGCUCUGUCUUUCUUGGGAAUGAGUCUGUGUCUGUCACUCAUGUUCAUCUGUUCCUGGUAUUACGCCAUUGUCGCCAUGGGCAUCGCCACCUGCAUCUACAAGUACAUUGAGUUCUGCGGAGCGGAGAAGGAGUGGGGUGACGGGAUACGAGGCAUCUCUCUGAGCGCUGCACGAUUUGCUCUCAUGAGGCUGGAGGAAGGACCACCACACACCAAGAACUGGAGGCCUCAGAUCUUGGUUCUGGUGAGCGUGGAUGCUGAGCAGACCGUGGAGCAGCCUCGUCUGCUCUCUCUGGCCAAUCAGCUGAAAGCGGGGAAGGGUCUGACCAUCGUCGGGACCUCCGUCCAGGGAACCUUCCUGGACAACUACACAGAGUUCCAGAGGGCGGAUCAGUCCUUGCGUAAGCUGAUGGAGACGGAGAAGGUGAAGGGUUUCUCUCAGGUGGUCAUCUCCUCCAAUCUGAGAGAUGGGACGUCCCACCUGAUCCAGGUUGGAGGACUGGGAGGUCUGAAGCACAACACUGUGUUGGUCAGCUGGCCCCGAAACUGGAAACAGCCCGAGUACCACCAGCAAUUUAGGAACUUUAUUGAGGUGGUCCGAGAGACGACCGUAGCCAGUCUGGCCUUGUUGGUUCCUAAGAAUAUCUCCAGCUACCCGUCCAACGGAGAGCGCUUCACCGAAGGCCACAUAGAUGUGUGGUGGAUUGUCCACGAUGGAGGCAUGUUGAUGCUCCUGCCCUUCCUGCUGCGUCAGCACAAGGUGUGGAGGAAGUGCAAGAUGCGCAUUUUCACCGUGGCUCAGAUGGAUGACAAUAGUAUCCAGAUGAAGAAAGACCUCAUCACCUUCCUCUAUCACCUGCGCAUCGAUGCUGCAGUGGAAGUGGUGGAGAUGCAUGACGGUGACAUCUCAGCCUACACCUACGAGAAAACACUGAUCAUGGAGCAACGAUCACAAAUCCUCAAACAGAUGCAUCUGACCAAGAACGAGAAGGAGAGAGAGAUCCAGAGCAUUACAGAUUCAUCCCGUGGGUCAAUUCGGCGUAAAAACCCGUCUGCCUCGCGCUCCCGGCAAAGCGUGGACGAAGGAGCCAGCGUGGCAGAACAACCAGAAGACGAGUCUGUGGAUGUCUCCAACCCAAAACAGGUGCAGCUCAUCCACAGUAAGAACGCCUCCACACCGACCAGUCCCACCAGCCCCACAAGCCCCACAAGCCCCACCAGCCAAACGUCUCCCUCAGGUGUGGACAAAGGGAAGACCCUUCAUGCAGUGAACCCAGAUACGGGAAAAGACUUCUUCAACAUGAAGCCGGAGUGGGAGAACUUGAGCCCAGUGGACGUGAGGCGCAUGCACACAGCGAUGCGGCUCAAUGAGGUCAUCAUAAAGAAGUCCAAGGAGGCAAAACUUGUCCUGCUCAACAUGCCGGGGCCACCCAAGAACCGUGUGGGCAAUGAAAACUACAUGGAGUUCCUUGAGGUGCUCACCGAAGGUCUCAACCGGGUCCUCCUGGUGCGUGGAGGUGGACGUGAGGUCAUCACCAUCUACUCCUGA